AUUACAGCGAGACAGAGGCAAAGGGAAGUAAGACGAAGGCUUUUAUCCAGGAUGAGGCUCGGAUACAUCACACAUUAUCCUCCGAUAAAUUAUACCCAAAUGCACCCUCAAGAGCCAGCGAGGGAGCGUACGGUGAAGUAGAUGCAGCGGGACUGCACGAAUGUACAAUGCUCCUCUGCGAGUCUUGAAGAGGCUCUCACUUCGUGAUCUCCCCGGGAGCCGCGAGCACAAUCUGCUCUUUGCGCUGAGCAAUGCCGCGAUGCGAGGGAGCGAGGGCAAGACGGGUCGAGGGCCAGGGCAACAUGUCGGACCGAUGCUCAGGUCGGAUGCCGCUUGCUCGCAAACAUCGGAGGUAUACGCGUCAUCAAGUCUCUUUUGGCUCAACGCUUCCUACACAACUCAUCAGCACAACCGCCACAUGAGGCUUGCUAUCGCCUACGUCCUUGUCGCUGCGCUCAUGGUGCAAGCGGACCACUACACCUGCAACUGGCAGGAUCAAGGCGUCCUUUCGCCGGCCACCUAUGGCUAUGAGCUCUACUGCCGCGCUUCGGCCAAGUUCUUGAACACCACGAAUGCCGAGUACUACUGCCCCGCGGGGCCAGGAUACAUACUCAAGGUCGCCGAUUACGGCUUUCUCGCUCCAGAGACCUUGGAGAUCAGGUCGCCCUGUGCCAAGAAUGGCUUUGCCAAUGAUUGCUCGUGGCUUUACUGGGGCGUUUGUGACGCUCCUUCAGACCAAAAGAGCGCGGACCCCUUUCACUGCAAGUAUCUCGGCCGACACGAUGAUUGUUCCUGGCCUACGAAGUUUGCUGCGGGCACGGAGCCCGCUACUCUGGACAUUUGGAGGAAGAAGUAGUGGCGGGCGGGAUUGUCGCUAUCUUGGUCGUCGGAACGACUGUGAAUGGCCGGAC